AUGAAGUCCAUACCAGUUGGUGGCGCUAAUGCACCAAAGUUAACAAGAGAAAGAAGAGGAAGAAGAAGCCGGGGUGGGUGCGUGGUCGGCGUGUGUGCGAGCACGAGCGGAAACGGCGUUUGUUGUUCUUCCCUCUGUUUCCGAGACGUUCAGGGUCUAAACGUUCAACAGCCGCGUCUGCAUCACAUCAAUGACAAUAACCUGACCCGCAUCCCGCCAGACAUCGCCAAGCUGCCCAACCUGGUCUACCUGAACCUGUCGUCCAAUAAGCUCCGCAGUCUGCCUGCCGAACUGGGCAACAUGGUCUCUCUCAGGGAAUUGCUUUUAAACAAUAAUCUUUUACGAGUUCUGCCUUACGAACUUGGAAGGCUUUUCCAGUUACAAACCCUCGGGCUAAAAGGAAAUCCUUUGUCCCAAGACAUCCUCAAUUUGUACCAGGAGCCAGAUGGAACCAGAAAGCUUUUGAACUACAUGCUCGACAAUCUAGCAGUGCACCCAGAGCAGCUCCCCCAAAGACCUUGGAUCACUCUGAAAGAGCGAGACCAAAUGAUCCCCACCGCUGUGUUCACGGUUAUGUGCUACAACGUGCUGUGCGACAAGUAUGCCACGCGACAGCUGUAUGGUUACUGUCCAUCCUGGGCCUUAAACUGGGAGUACAGGAAGAAGGGAAUCAUGGAGGAAAUCACCAGCUGUGACGCUGACAUCAUCAGCCUACAGGAGGUGGAGACGGAGCAGUACUACAUGUUGUUUCUGGAAACACUAAAGGAGCGCGGCUAUGACGGCUACUUCUGUCCAAAAUCUCGUGCCAAACUGGUUUCAGAACAGGAGAGGAAACAUGUGGACGGCUGUGCCGUGUUCUUCAAGACUGAGAAGUUCACUUUGAUCCAGAAACACACUGUGGAGUUCAAUCAGGUAGCCAUGGCUAACUCUGAGGGUUCAGAGGUCAUGCUGAACAGAGUGAUGACCAAAGACAACAUCGGGGUGGCCGUGCUGCUCGAGGUCAAUAAGGACAUGUUCUCCGGGGGCAUGAAGCCGCCUCAGGAGAGGCAGCUCAUCCUGGUGGCCAACGCCCACAUGCACUGGGACCCUGAGUACUCGGACGUCAAGUUGAUCCAAACCAUGAUGUUCCUGUCAGAGUUAAAGAGCAUUGCUGAGAGGGCCUCGGGCUCUGUGGCAACGGGAUCGCCGACCUCUGACCCGUCCUCAAUCCCCAUCGUCCUGUGCGCUGACCUCAACUCGCUGCCUGACUCCGGUGUGGUGGAGUAUCUGAGCAAUGGAGGAGUGGCCGAGAACCACAAGGACUUUAAGGAGCUACGCUACAGCGAAUGUCUGACCAACUUCAACUGCAACGGCAAGAACGGAAACUCGGAUGGAAGCAUCACACACAGCUUCCAGCUCAAGAGCGCCUACGACAGCAAUCUGAUGCCUUACACCAACUACACAUAUGACUUCAAGGGUGUGAUCGACUACAUCUUCUUCUCCAAGACCCACAUGAGCGUCCUGGGCAUGCUCGGACCGCUCGACAGCCAGUGGCUCAUAGACAACAACAUCACGGGCUGCCCCCACCCGCACAUCCCCUCGGACCACUUCUCCCUGCUGGCCCAGCUGGAGCUGCACCCUCCCCUGCCCCACCCGCUCAACCCCCUCAACGGGCUGCACCUGCCGGUCCACAGGUAGUGCACCCCGAGAACGAGAGAGAGCGCCCCGCCUACCCCUUUUUACCUCACCUUUUAAACACUGUCCCACCUCCUCCCUCCAGCUUCAUACAGGACCCUGUACAGUUCACGUUAAACUCGGACACCAUCUGACCGCCUCUAACCCCAAAAGGAGUGAAGUAUUUGCCCCGGGUGUUGCUCCUUUUUAUGUUUUUGCACACUGUAUAUUUUUUUUCUUUUCUCCCCCUGAAAAGGCUUGAUACCAAAUGUUGGGCUUGGGAUGAAGUAUUUCCCAACGUCUGUUUUUUUUUGUUUUUGUUUUUUUGAUUAGUUGUAAUCAUGGCCGCUUAAAGAUUCUACAAUAACAAACGAAUACAAACAACUGUUUAAGGUAAAUCUGCUACACAAACGUAAGCAUCAUUUCACACAGCUGUGAAAUUUUUAGAGUACAGACACGUGAUCGUAUUAAUGCUGCACAGUUUAUAGAGCUGAAAGCUGCUUUCACUCCCACAUUAACUGACGGGUAUUUAAUUGAACGGGGGGUCAACACUACAAAAACAAAAAACCUCAACCUUUUGAGUGUUAUAGGAGAAUGUAGAAGGAUUGUUUCUGUUGGUAAUUGUUUUGCAAAAAGGUCCUUAUUUGAGUUUCAAAAAACGAAUUUGAUAAUAAGCGGGGAAAUGGGUGGAAAUUUUUAAGGAUAAAAUGUGCAAGCUGGGUGUUUUUUAAAAGUAAUGCUAUUUAGCAUGGAGCUAUGCGUCAUCCUGGAUCCAUGUUUAGAAUUAGGCCCAUGUCACUCAGCAUUGUAUGAAUUUCUUUCACUUUACCUCGGUGCGGUACGUCUUUUAUAAAAGUGUUUUUUUUUCUUUUUGCAAAGGCUUUUGUUCUCUGCAGCUCUGAAGUAAUAAAACAAUCAGUUGUUUGAAUAUUUUUCUAAGCAUUGCAGGCAGAUUUGCUCAGACGCUGCCUUUUUCCUGACAUCCACAAACAGUCCGCUUCACAGCUUUGAGCUUUUCAUGCUGUGUUUUCUUCUUCUUUUUUAUUUUAAACCCCUGAUCUGCCUCGCCAAAGAAUCCCCCGCAGCAAGUGACAUGUCCUCCGUCAGUAAUAAGACCUUUAUUUAUCGGUGCCAGAGAGAAAACGUAUAUCGUUUAAUGUUUUAGUCGAUGUUUCCUGACCAAGAGGCUGAAUGUAUUUACUAAAAAGGCUCGCUAUGAAUUUGGUUCUCGGAGCCGAUUAAUGCCAGAUCCCUGUGGACUCUAAACUUUGUGUAUUUGUGUCAGAUGAUUAGAAGGAAUAGCUCUUUAUUCUGUAAGUUGUAACUCAGGGCUAUGCUAUGCAUCCAGCAGCACCUUUCACGCUAAAGACUCUCAGAGUCAUGUCGUACGAGCAAAACCAAACAGGAAGCUACUGUUCUGAAAAAGCACAGGUAAUGUAUGUGUUUGCAUACGGAUAUGCUGUUGUUCAUCUUGUCGUUGUAGAAGUCCCAGGUCCUUGUGCAUUUUUGAUAAAAUACUGAUGCACUUUUACUCCUAACCUGGGAAAAUCACAUUUGUCCUAGUUUUAGAAGAAACAAAUAAAGCAUAUUUGGUCAGUUUUAAUUGAAUAAGGAUUUAGUUUGCUUUAAGGCCUUUAGAGAGGCUGACGCGAUGAAUGAUAAGGGAUCGGACUGGGUGUCAGUACUACAUGUUUUCAGUGCCAGUACAAAGAAAAUGAGAUUAUUUUUUAAGAUGGAGAGGGAGGAACAUAAAUGUUUUGGAGUUUUUCUCAAAGAAAUCUUCUCAAAUGAUUAAACCAGCAGCUCCAAAUCCACACACUAAAAUCUGCAUCCUGUUUAUUAUGGGAACUUUGCUCUAGUCUCUGCCCUUUUUAACUCGUUGUGUGAUUUCUGUCAGCUGUUAAAGUCUUAAAACAGACACUGCUCACAAUUCAGCUAUGCAAACUGAGACAAGUGGACAUGGCUUGUAUUAAAGUGGAUGUUAUGUGUUUCCAGCUCAAUCUACCAGAGUAGCUUUGUAUGAUUACUGUUCAGAAUAAUCCUUAUUUAUCUUACACUGGGCCUUACCAGGCCAGUUUUAGCUCCUCUCUCAUUCAGACCCGGGUUCUCAAAGUACGGCAUGUGGACCAGUGGGGGCUCGUAGUAACAAGGAAAAUUAAGGUACAUGUAAAGUAGCAGCACAGAGGAGACCAAAAGAGCUUUCCUCUUGAGUUUUAACCCUUCUGUUGUAUCUGUCAUAACAGACACUGUUGGUGCCAAGAAAUAUCACCUCAUUAAAUACCAUUAAAUUUAAAAACCAGGACAAAAAUAAUAAACCUAACUAUCUAAAUGUGUCUGUGCAGCCCUUAAUCAUACUCUCCCUGGUUUAAGACCACCCACUCUUUAAGUCAGCUUUCUCCUGAUUGGUCGCCCCUCUUAAACUGCAGCUAGGUGGGGACUCUGUGUCUCAGAUGACCAAAUUAAGGAUAUCCAUCUUUUGGCCUCAUACAGACCUAAGAGUAGAAAAAAAAACUAAUCUUAGUGUCACCACUCAGCUGUUUAGCUCCCUUCCCCCUUCUCUUCAAGGGCCCCUCAAAACCUGCAGGUGCCAGUAUGACCUUAUUUGGCACGUCCUCUCUAUUUGGCCUCAUAAAGAAACGAGGGUUAUAAAAACUGUCUGAAGCACAGGAUUUAAACUCACGUAGCUCAUGUACAUAUGCUGACUUCAUUAUUUGAAACCUCGGACAUAUUUACUAUGUACAUUGUGUCCUAUUAUCUUAUUUUUCCCCCUCAUUUCUACACUGGAACAGGAAAAGUUUAAAAGAUUGGGAAUCACUGGUCUGAACACAGAAAAGUUAAGCUUAUUUAAACCAGAAACCAUCUGAUUUCAAAGAAUGAAUUUAAAACAUCUGAUAUUAAAAACCAGCUUUUUCUACACAUUUUAACUGGUGCAGCAUGAUGGUUGACACCCAGUCCUGUCUGUGCAGGCAGAUGUGCCUCUUAGUGAUAAACAUAUCUGGCACAUUUCGCACUGUAGGGUGUAGUAAACCCGGAUUAGUUGAACCAGUCAAAGCUUUUCCUGUGUUUGAAAGCCAUAAUUCUGGGAUACGUGGCGUCGGCACAGCGCGGCGUGUGACCGUGUAGCUGCAGCUUUAAAUCGCAGGUUCUUCACUUUUACUGGCCUUCUGUUGCACAUGAUUUAACACUAAGGAGUUCACCUCUGGGUUCGGUGGAUUCGAUCCCGGUGAGCAUUUAGAGGCCUAUACUUCACUCCUGAACUAACCUCACAGGGUUUUUAUUUCCUGGUUUUUGUACCACAGCUGUACAUAAAUGAAUCUGUCUUUGAUGACGGCAUGUCUUUCACAUCUGUGAGGGGAAUGUACCAUUCUCCUGAUAAAGGGGCGUAAAGUUUUCUCACAAUUCAAACGUGUACUUGGUGUUGUAAUUUUCUUCUAAAGAUCUCGUGUGAAUACCACCUCCACAUUUGUCUCUGAUGCUCUUGUAGAGACCGGACGUGUCUCUGUUUCCAGCUCUUGUUUUUUGAACUACGGGCAUUUUCUGUCUCCAACAUGCAGUCUUUCAAUUAGUACUUUGUACUACUCAGUAUUACCAACAUUUUUUUUGAAAAAAACCAUAAAUAUUCUAGGUUUAAAAGCAGCUCGUCUAUAUGGGUUUUAUUUCUCCAGCGUCAUCUCAAAGCCUCGCUUGCUUCUUUUGUUUUCCUGUCAUUUCUGCUUUCACACACAUUAAACACCAGUUACGUUCGCAUUUAUUCCACAACAAUACCAAACUGUCAUCACCUGAAAGCAGUUCACUUGUUAAUUUUGUCUCUGUAGAUGCACCUCAUACACUUUUUCUACAAACAAUGUGCCUAGUUUGUACAGUUUCUCCAACAGCAGCACUGCCCAUGAGACCAAGACCCUCAGAGAUUAACCCAGCACCAUCGCCCAGCCAACACCCUUCGAUCCAUCCUUCCAUCCCUCCAAGCCAACUUUUCAUGUGGUGAGAUUGUGGGAGGAAUUCAGGACUCAGUUUCUGUUACGUUAUGUAAAACGGUCACUCUCACUUGUUUGUGGUUUCCUUGCUAGGACAAAGAUCAUCACAAGCAUCACGUGGAAUUUCUGAACGUAGAAAUCCUGAUGUUUGAUGUCUGGCUGUAGUUGAUUUGGUUUUAUUUUUGUUCCAUUGUUAAUUCAAACUGUCUCGGCUACUGCCCAUUAGUCUUUGGUGGUGAAUACGAUGCCUGGCGAUAGUAACUGGGGAAAAGACGCAGACGUUUUAAUUUCAUUGUCAUGUUUGUACUCUGAAUUUUAUGGCUGUAGGCCAGCUCGCUGCAGAAUCUCUACACAGAAUUUAAGAAAUACGACUAAUGAAAAAUGGCAUUAUGGACGAGUAUGUUCAUUAUAUCGAUUAAAGGGGACCUAUUAUGCUUAGUUCCUAAUCCAGUCCACUCUGGAGCAUCUUCAGGUGGAUUGCAGUUCAAGGUAAUCUUUAUUUACGUCGUGUUUGUGCAGCAACUCAGGUAUUUUAGCUCCCUUUAAGCCCGUUUUCUACUGAUUGGGUGCCCCUCAUCAGCUGCAAGUGGGCGGGGCUUCUGUGCCUGAGAUGACCAUAUUAGGUAUAUUCACUUUCUUUGCCAUCAUAUAGACCCAAGAAUAGGAAAACAGGAUGUUUGCAUCAGUCUGAAGCCUGAACUUGUAUUGUACACACUCUGACCUCAUUAUUACAGACUUUGGCCAUGUUGAGCAUGAACAUUGGAUCCGUACAGAGAUGGCAGACAGACAGGAAAAAGCAGAAUCGGUCUCCUUUAAUUCACUGUGGAAAAUUAAUUAAGAAAGAAUUAAUUAAGAAAGUCAGAAGCUCAACAGAUUUUCAAAGCUGAAGAGCAACUUUCAUUUUACAAAUCCGAAUUUUAGAAAAUUAAAAUAAAUGACAAAAGCCAGAAAUGCAAUUCUGUUAUUUCUGCAAAAUGAAUUAAAGUAUUUUUAAAGUUUCUGCCUUUCAUUGUUGUUUUAGUAAUGUGAGGUAAGAGAAUAAAAACUGGGCGUGCGUCUUCAGGCCACCAGCUGUCACCAACAAAGGUGCUACUCUAGCUCUCGAGAGAGUUUUUAAAGAACCACAUUUAAACCUCUUGUCAAUGAAGGUGGUAUGCAGUUCUUCACCACACUGGUUUCCAGUCCAAGCGUCCACCGCAGGCAGGAGGAAGUACUUGGUCAGCUUCCUCUGAUUGGAAAACUUUCAGCUGUGGUGAACAGCCAAAACCAAAGUUUGCCCCAUUUUUGGCAUUUAAAUGUUAAAAAAAGAGGAAAAAAAUUUAAAUAAUGUGGGUGACGACGUCAUUUCUGUUUAGUUCCUCUGACUAAAAAAGAGAGAAAUGCAGAUCUCUCCUUUGUAGAAUUCCUGUUGGCUUCUAAAAUUUGGCAAGGAAAUGCACGAAUUUGAUUCUGGUAGAAAACUUCACGAGACACAAGAUUCCAAGACACGUAAAAAGUGAUUUAAUCUGAGAAAAUUUAGAGAUUACAUGUUUAUUUAACAUAAACAAAUAUCCUGUGAAAGUGCUCUCAAACGGGAGCUCAUUUUCUUGCAAUGUUAAUUUAUAUUUAUGUAAAUCCUGUUUACGUCAGAGCGAAAUCUUUAGGGUUUAUCACAACUUAUAUUUGUCAUAGGUCCCCAACUGUUAAGAAAGUGAGAUAAUUAAUCAUUGGACUACAAUAAAAACAACAUAAGGAUUUAUUGGAGAAAAUUAAGGCAACAAAAACAUGUUGAAUGUAUUUUUUUGUCUGUUUAAAUUAUUUUCUGAGAUAAUCCGUAAUUCCAUAUAAAUAAAUAAUGAAUCCAAUGUGUCAGCAAAAAUAAAAUAAGUAUUUUAAACCUGCUUCAUCCAGUGUUCAGACUGUGGGAAAUGAAAUGGCCUCUGAAGCUAAAACAGUCGUAUAGAAAAACCUGAAGCUGUGAUAUUUACGUGAAUAAAGUGAGGACUUCUGCAAAGGCUCCAUCUGUAUUUUAUAUGUGAGCAUCACCUGUCAGUUACAAACAAAUCUUCAGAGACACUCCCCAACAACUCACACCCUCUGUAGGCAAUAAAAUGUCAUUUUUUGAAAA